AUGGACUCGACCAAGUAUGGGAACGCGGUAGAUUUUGAUACCGAUCUGCACUCGAUCUACGCAGCGUAUCUGGGUCAAUUCGAAGCCGCCGGAUCGGAGUGGUGGGCCAAGUCAUGGGGUGGUUACUUUGCGACCUUCAACGAUUUUCUUGGCUUUGGAUGGGAGGUCAUGGUGGUCGUGGAUGCUCGUACAGGCCGAGCACACAUUGCUGUCCGCAGGGAACAAAUUGCCCUCUUUGCCAAGAUGAUCCGGACGAGAUUCGGCGAGUCACUGGCAAAAGAUCCGCCUACAACGCUACCCCUCUCCCCCGCCCCGACCCGUACACUUUCCCUUCGCCGACUCAUUCAGCUGUCCGACCUCCCAGCUUACCGCAAGCUAUCGCUCACCCUUCCCGCCGCCGAGCUGUCCCAUCUCCGGCAUCGUGCCCGAACAGGCGAUGUAGCGGUUGCCGAACAGCUCUUCUACGCCGGCGGACCCUCGGCAGAGCGUGAAAGCGGCGCCGGCGCCGUAGGGAUGCGGGACAAUGGCGUGGGAUAUACCUUUGCAGCGGUGCGGACGACAUGGUGGGAAAAGGGAGGGGCACCGUCGGGCUUGAUCCCCGGGAGUGGGAGGACGCAAGGAGGGCGGUCAGGCCCAGCUGCGGCAGGAGGUGGGCAGCAGGGGAAGGGACUUGUCCUGGAAGUCGGAAUGGCAGUUGUCAGGUGUGCAAAUCUGCGAGCUGUCGAAGUUUGGCCUCCAACGCCUACGGAGAACUACCGCAAAUCUCACUGCAUCAUGGAGGAAUGGGUCGACAAGCGGACCAACCAGAACCCGCCCAGCUACCCUCGGGCGUACGCUUUCGGCAAAAGCCAGUACAUCGCGGAAAGAGAUGUUGAACGCAUUUUAGAUGCAAAUCUUGCUGCUCUGGCCUCCCAAGACAACGAUCCGAACGCCAAUACCCUCGUACUCUUGACCCUCGGCGAACCAGGACCCCUCCCCGUUCCCCAAUCAUCUACACUUCCCGCCAACAUCCUCCACAUCGACGUACUCGCUCUCGAGUAUAACCUCCUCCGCCGGGCCCAGGAACAAGGCGUUCAAGGCACGCCCGACCGACAAACGCCUCUCACAUCCCUCUCAGCCCUCCUGCAAACGCUGCAAAUUCCGUCUCCCCCAUUCGUGCCCGUCGGUAACGCCGGAAACGAGGCGUACUACACGCUCUUGGCAUUCCAAAAGCUCAUGAUGGCCCAGACGCGGCUUCCGGAUCUGCUCUUCAAGGCCCCUGAAAGCUACAUGUCGCCGGCGCCCUACUAUACCGGUUUCCCCCAGUCCGCAUCGGUCAACUUCUCUUCUUACCCGUCCAUGGCAAUGCCGCCACCGCAGGCGCCCUUUGCGCGUCCUCCACACUCGAGGCGCGAAUCGUCCAGCUCCUCUCGGCGGCAAAGCGAGCUGUUUCAACCUCCCACUCGGACCAAGUCACCCGCAUCGAUGAGCUCGCCUCGUCGCGCGCCGCAGGCCAUCCGUGGCGCGAGCGACGACAACCGCUCCCGGCCCGCUUCGUUUGGUGAUCAGGGUCAGGGCGGGAGCGGGCAGUACCGCGGUGCGGCCGGCGGAAACGGGUCACCAGCAACUCGGGAGGACCCCAGCCUAGGCGGAUCAGUACCCAACACCGCCCGCGUGCCUGGGCGGGCACCGCUACCCCGCUCAUCUACCAUAUUCUGGGAUGAUGCCGAGUACGCAGACGCAGACGUCUCUUCUCAAAAAGGCAGCCUUCGGGACAAGCAGCGGCUUCGGCAAACCCAAACCACGGACACCACUCCAGACCGCGACAGCCUUACUAUGCGCGGUCGUCAGCCUCCUCCCAGCGCUAUGCGGUACAACAGCGGCGGCGAGGCGGUACUCAACUCCACUCCGAGCUCUAGAAAUGUCUCGUGGACCGAAGAACGGGGAGCCAACUCGGGUCCACAUGGCGAGUACGGCCGAGAGAUGUCCCGUGACAGGCGCUCGGUCGCGAAUGGGUCAUCGACGGCGUUGGCGAAUGGGUCUAGGCCCACUAGCCAGAUCAAGGGCGCGGGGUCUGGGAGUUCGACCAAGCUGGAUAGUCAUUCUGGCUCGGAGGGAAAGGGCGGCGGUGUAGGGACCGGGACCAAAGUGGUGGAUGGGGCCAAGCAGGAAACAGUCAAGGAGGGAGCUGGGGCCAGGGACAAGCCAAAGGAGAAGGAGAAGGGCAGCAAGCUAAAGUCGGAGAAGAGCAUGCGGAAUGUUGCCGGCGCGCUGGCUAGGUUCUGGGUGGGAUGA